CUCCCAGUCUUGAGGAGAGAGAGAGAGCAAAGAGAAGGCGGCAAAAAGAAAUGUUGAAAUUUCUAUCAAAGGUGAAAAUUGAGUUCAAUGCGAUCGACCCGCGCAUCGCGUCAUGUAUGGAGUUCUUAGCCCAAUGCAACGCCCCAAAGGCAAAGGAGUCCAACCCGGCUUGUCAAAUCCAGGUGAAGCGCCGCACCGAUGACCACCUGCCACAGAUCACUGUCACCUUCGUCAACGGCAUCGAGCAAACGUAUGAUGCCACUUCUACCCCCGCCCAAAACAUCCGCACCAUGAUUCUCGAGAAGGGGCAGUAUCUCGAGACAGAGCAGAUGUUCCGUGAAGCUGGCGAGAAGUGGCCCGUUGUUAUUCCUGUAGAAGAGCUCAACCAACCAUUCCUUGGAAUCAAGCCACGGAAAGCAGAAGAGAAAAAGUAGUGAUUGCCAUUGCAGAUACUCUUUGCUUAGUCUUGGUCUUGGGUAACUCUGACAGUCAAGAAGAUGAUCCUUCAAAGGGGUGUAAUUCUUGAGGAUUAAGUGCUCUGGAGUGUACUAUCUUCAUUGCUUCAGAACAUCCCCAUUUCAGCAUGCUUGUUUUGUGGAAAUUUUCAACCUAAACAGUUUAUUGCAGUGUCAUGUAGGCUUGCUGCAAUGUUGUGAAAUGGUCAAACAAUCAUCCUUGCUUUUCUUUCUCAGCCUAAUUGUAUUUGUGUAUAACAAUGAUAUCUUUUUGGCUGUUACCAUGAUAAUAAACUAAUAUGGCCCCUUAAUUUUUAUUUUA